GUUGAAAGAAGCGUGUUUUAACGAUUGCUACUUGGCUAGUAUCAUUCUAGGCAGAACUACUAGUGGUUGCAGUUAACAUUAGGUAACUUCGUAACAUGCAGCUAGCUAUUAGCUACUGUUAUUUUUUAAUUUGAAAUGGCUGACACGGGAAAUUCAACACGGAGAGAAUUACUGGACUUCAGUCCAAUAAAGAGAGAAGAAUCUAACAAGGAGAACAAUGUUCCAGUUUUGAUUUUGACCCAUUUUUCAAAGGCUCCGUUUCUCUCACUUGGAACCGUAAAGUUGGGCACAUCGAAGGCUGUUGUUUUGCGUAUUGAAAACCCGACAGACUAUGCCGAAGCGGAGGUUACUGUUGAAAAGGUCCCGUCAAGUAAAGGCUUUUCUGUGGACCACAACACGUUCACGAUUCAGCCUGAGGACUCCUUCAAUUUGACAGUAACCUGGACCCCAACAGAAGAAGGUGGGAUCCGAGAGCUCAUCAUCUUUAAUACAAAUGGGGUCCUCAAACACCAGGCUGUACUGCUUGGGAGAGCAGAUGCACCCAAAAAGAAAAAGAAAAGCUUAUGGGACACAAUCAAAAACAAAAAGGAGGGCGAAAAAGUAGCCGCACCCAGGAGAAAGAAAACCGAACAGCCCCUGAAGAUGGCUGCUAAUAAAACCUUCCAAGUGUCCCGAAAGCCACAGUACAAACGAGAAAAGCCACGCAGCCCUCUUGCUUCUCUCAACGAGGGCAAAGCUGUCAGAGAGAGGUCCCUCUCCAAGGUCAGUCCUGUUGACGAUUACUCUCAGAAUGCAGAGGAGAGGAAGGCCUCCACUUCCGGCCUGAGGCAACGGUCUCUGGGCUUGUCAGGCCAGGAGAAUAUCAAUCAUGUCCAGAGAAACUCUCCUCUUGGCCUGCUCGUACCAGCCAUAAUGCUGACGGACUCUGGCAACGUGUCUGCCAGCCCAGAUACAUUGCUAGGCGAACCGGAAAACAAAGGUCUUGCCAAAAUGCUCAACAGGACGCUGUCGCCUAUCGGGACACCAGAGAUGUUCAAGAAGCUCAUGCCGCGUAUUCAGUCAGAUAGCCCACUCUUUGCUACUGUGAAGUCCGUGGCUGAUGACGCUGACCGUGUGUUAACUGGAACUCCGGUGCCUUCGCUGAAAGAUGCCCUGGCCCUCAUUGACUCUGAUCUGAGCCACAUUAACACCAGUCCUCGAGACACGAGUUCGAGCGGUGGCUUUUCAGACUCCCUGGAAUCCAAGAGUGGGAGUCUCGCCUGUGGACCUGAAAUAAAUGCCCUUAAAGCAUUACCCGAGUCCAACGAGCCAAGACUUACUUUCUUUGUCAGCAAAAAUGUUGUAAGUGAGAUUGUUGUCGUUUCCGAGGCUGAUAAUGCAGAGGUCAAAAAGGCCUCCUUUACCUCUGCCACAGUGACCAAGAGCAAAGCACCAGUGGAGGCGAACCUUUCGAGUGACAGGAAAACGAAGAAGUCAAGGCGAAGGCUCUUAGAAAAAACACUGGAGCUGUCUGACAGCAGCAGUCAGUGUGAGCCCGGACUAGGCACUCCGGACCUGCCUGUUAUAGACCUAGACGGAGAAACCAAGAACUGGCAAAUCUCUGAAGCUGCCAGCUCCCUGUGUGAUGAUAGACACCACGCCCAGGAGUUUACCUCCUACAGCCUGACUCGACGGCUCGACGGCUCGCCUGCACCCAUCCCCUUCCCCGUCACCUCCCCUCCGUCUAUGGCCCCUGGUCGCUUCUCUUUCCCAGCCUUUUCCUCACCUCAUGCAGCCCCAACUUUUACUGUCCCCUCUGCGUCGCCCCUGGGCUCAUCUUCUCCACACAUGUCUCCAACUCCCUCGGUACCUCCGUCCGCUCAGGAAGACUCAUUUCCCAUUCACAUGGCAGUGAAUAGCAAGAAGAGGAAGAGUGAGGAGUAUUUGAAAAGUGAUGCGAAGAUUGUGGAUGCUGGGAAUGCUGAGCGUGUCAAAAGGAGCAGGGGGGUAGCUGGAAAAACAGGGCCCCCAAGAUCGGUCCAGGAGAGGAGAAGUGCAUCACAGAGGCAACAGCCGAGAACAGCAGGCUCGGUGCGAUCAGUGACAACAUUAUCUCUAAGGACUGCAAGGUCUGUGGUUCCUGCCCAGGCAAAGCUAUCCAGCUCCAAACUCUCCUCACGAGGUGCCCGGUCAGCUGUAGUUGCUGUAGCGCAGUCGAAGCUGACCUUCAUUAAGCCGGCGCAAACAGCCAUACCGAGGCACCCGAUGCCGUUUGCUGCCACGAACAUGUUCUAUGAUGAGAGGUGGAUUGAGAAGCAGCAGAGGGGAUUCACAUGGUGGAUCAACUACGUCCUCACCCCAGAUGACUUUAAAGUCAACACUGAAGUCGCUCAAGUGAAUGCCGUGUCCCUCGCCAUGGGCAGCGAUGACAAGUACAGUGGGCCUAAAGCUCCCACCAAGGAGGAGAUGUCUUUCAGCACCUACACGGCCCGGCGGAAGCUGAACCGCCUCCGUCGUUCUGCGUGCCAGCUGUUCACUUCUGAGGCCAUGGUCAAAGCUAUUCAGAGGCUCGAACUGGAGGUGGAGGCCAAGAGGCUGCUCGUCCGCAAAGACCGCCAUCUUUGGAAGGACAUAGGUGAACGACGAAAAGUCCUCAACUGGCUUCUUUCAUACAACCUGCUGUGGUUACGGAUUGGGCUCGAGACGAUCUAUGGGGAGUUGAUCUCGCUGGAGAGCAACAGUGAUGCCUUGGGUCUGGCUAUGUUCAUCCUCCAGCGGCUGCUCUGGAACCCCGACAUCGCUGCUCAGUUCAGACACGCCAAAGUGCCUAACCUAUACAAAGACGGCCACGAGGAGGCGCUGUCUCGCUUCACUCUGAAGAAGCUGCUCCUGCUGGUCUGUUUCCUGGACAAAGCCAAACAGUCGCGGCUGAUUGAGCACGACCCCUGUCUGUUCUGCCUGGACGCAGAGUUCAAGACCAGUAAAGACCUGCUCCUGGCCUUCUCCAGGGACUUCCUGAGUGGAGAGGGGAUCCUCCCCCGGCAUCUCGGCUACCUGGGGUUACCCGUCUCCCACGCUCAGACGCCCCUGGACGAGUUCAACUUUGCUGUGAAGAAUUUGGCAGUUGACUUGAAAUGUGGCAUUCGUCUAGUGCGUGUGAUGGAGCUCCUCAUCCAGGAGUGGAGUUUGUCGGCCAAGCUCCGUCUGCCAGCCAUCAGCCGUCUGCAGAAGGUCCACAACGUCGACAUUGCUUUGCAAGUGCUGAAAAGCAAAGGGGUCGACCUCAAGGAUGAACACGGCUCCAUCAUCGAUUCCAGAGACAUUGUGGAUGGACACAGAGAGAAGACCCUAAGCCUCUUGUGGAAAAUCAUCUUCGCGUUUCAUGUGGAGGUGAUUUUGGACGAGGAUCAGCUGAGGGAGGAAAUUGGCUUCCUGAAGAGAACCUUGAGGACCAAACGGAGGCUGGCGUCUCUGAGGGCCGACCGGGGCCUCCAGCCAAGUCCCGCAAAGACCAGGGUGCUGUAUGAACACAGCAGCACUAAGAUUACACUGCUGAUGGACUGGGCCCGCACUGUUUGUGACUUCUACAAUCUUAAGGUGGAGAACUUCACAGUGACGUUCUCGGAUGGCCGCGUCCUCUGCUACCUUAUCCACCACUACCACCCCAGUCUCCUGCCAGAGAGGGCUGUCAGUCACCGCACCAGCCAGACUGUCGAGUGCUCACCAAGGGGUCGCCUGGAGCUCGACUGCUCAGCCAGCGACUCUGACAACUCCUUUGACUCUUUGCCGACAGCCUUGAACGGCCCAGAUUCUCAGUCAGUGGAAUUUAAAGAGCUACUGGAGAAUGAGAAAAACAACUUCAGACUGGUCAACACGGCAGUGUCUUUCCUGGGCGGAGUUCCUGCCAUGAUCAACCCAGCGGACAUGUCCAACACGAUCCCCAAUGAGAAGGUUGUAAUGUCUUACCUGGCUAUCCUGUGUGCUCGUCUGCUCGACCUGCGCAAUGAGACCAGAGCAGCUCGGGUCAUACAGGGCGCCUGGAGGCGAUACAGGUUAAAGAAGGAUCUGCAGCUCUACAAGGAGAGAAACAUGGCCGCUGUGAAACUCCAAUUAUGUGUGAGGAGUUUUCUCCAGAAGCGCAGAGCUAAGAGGCAAAACCGAGCUGCCGUUGUCAUCCAAUCAGUCUGGAGGGGUUAUGUAGCCCGCAACAGGCUGAGGCUAAAAAAACAGGCUCAACUUCGGGCUCUGCAGCAUGAAUCGGCAACAGUCAUCCAGGCUCAAUGGAGGAUGUUUUCGGCCAUGAGGGCUUACCAAGGCCUUAGAUAUUACGCCAUUGUUGUCCAAGCACAAUGGCGAAUGAGGAGGGCAGCCGCUGCUUAUGGAAGAAUCUAUUGGGCGGCAACUGUCAUUCAGAAGAACUUGCGAGCAUGGGCUCUGGCAAAAAGAGAUCGGGAACAUUAUCUCUCCCUUAGAGCAGCAGUGGUAAAAAUACAAAGGGGGUACAGAAGAUGGAAAACCCAGAAAACGGAAAAGGAAAACUGUGCUGCCAAAGUGAUACAAGCUGUGUUCAAGAAAUGGUACGAGGAAAAAAUGGCUAAAAGAAGUGCUACUGCUGUGAGGAUUCAGUCCUGGUAUAGAACGCAGAGGUGUCUCCAUCAAUACAGAAAGAUCAUGAGAAGCACGGUGCUCAUUCAAGCCCAGUACAGAGGUCAUGCACAGAGGCGCUGCUUUCAGAUGUUAAAACUGCAGCACCACUCGGCUAUUGUCAUUCAGAGUGCCUUCAGAGGGCAUGCUGUCAGAAAACGGGUGGCAAAGAUGAGAUGCGCUGCCGUCCUAAUCCAGCGCAGGUUCAGGGCCUCCGUGGAAAGAGACGUUGAAAGGCAAAUGUUUGUGAGGAUGAAAUGCGCUGCCAUUACCAUACAGGCAGCCUAUCGUGGAAAAGUGGCUCGGGAGUCUCUUAAAAAACAGCACCAGGCAGCAACGGUAAUCCAGGCAGCUUUCAGGAAGUAUGCUGCCCAAAGGCGCUACCUUGUGCUUAGAAAAGCUGCAGCUGUGAUACAGCAGAAGUACAGAGCCAGAAAUUUGGCCCUUAAGACAAAGCAGGAUUAUGACGCUCUUAGGAAUGCUGCACUUGUCAUACAAGCAAACUGGAGAGGCAGAGCUGACAGGAAGAGGAUAGAGAGGCGACACCAGUGUGCAACACUGAUACAGGCUCACUACCGUCGGCACAAAGCACAAGCGGAAUACAGGUCCAAGAAGGCCUGCGCUGUGGUCAUACAGCGUCACUACAGAGCUUAUGUUGCAGGAAAAGAGAUGAGGAAAGCAUAUGAGCACAUAAGAGCAGCCUGUGUUACACUCCAAGCUGGAUUCAGAGGCAUGAGAGUUAGGGCGGAGCUGAAGAAAAAUCACUGGGCAGCGACUGUCAUUCAGGCUUCAGUUAGGAUGUUUUUAUGUCGGAAACAAUAUUUCUUACUACAAAGUGCGGUGAUUAUCAUCCAAAGCCGAUACAGAGCUCUUCUCCUCUGCAGGGCACAACAAAAAGAAUACAGAGAGCUGAAGCAGGCCACCGUAAAGAUACAAGCUGUCUACCGGGGAUUUAGAGCGAGAGAUGACCUAAAGAAGAAGCACAACUCUGCCAGAGCAAUCCAAGCUCAGUUCAGGAUGCACAGAAUGCGUAUGGCUUACCUUGCCACCAAGUGUGCUGCCAUCGUUAUUCAGGAACGCUACAGGGCCAAAAUGCUCAGGGAUCAACAGGUGCAGAGUUAUCGGACAAUGAAAUCUGCAGCUUUAGUCAUCCAGGCAGCAUAUCGUGGCCACAGCGCCAGGAGGAAGAUUGUAGAGAUGCACCGAGCUGCUACAAUCAUUCAGAGAAAGUUUCUCACCACUUGGGAUAGAAAUAGGUUCCUAGCUCUCAAGGCAGCAGCUUUGGUUUGUCAGCAGAGGUACAGAGCAGUAACUCUGGCAAGAAAAGACCGUUUGGACUAUCUGUCAAAGCGCAGCGCAGUAAUUUGUCUGCAGGCAGCCUACAGAGGAUGUGAGGUCAGAAAGCAGUUGCGCAUCCAGCACACAGCAGCUGUAACAAUUCAGUCUCACUUCCGAAAGUACCAGCAGAGAACCUACUACACGGAUCUCCACAGGGCUGCCAGUGUUUUGCAAGCACGUUACAGAGGCAACAAGAAAAUGAGAGAGGAGAUGCAAACCCUGCGUGCCAUGAGAAAUGCUGCUGUUGUCUUACAGGCUGCCUUCCGAGGAAUGAAAUCCCGUGAAAUUAUCAAACAAAGGCAUCAGGCUGCCCGUGUUAUCCAGAGUGGUUACAGAACAUUCUGUGAACACAAGCAGUAUCUGACUUUGAAAUCCUACGUCAUCACCAUUCAGAGGAGAUAUCGGGCCACUGUAGCAGCAAAGGAGCAAAUUCAAAAAUACCAAAAAAUGCGCAGUGCUGCUGUUGUCCUCCAGGCAGCAUACAGAGGCCAGCAGCUCAGAAAGGAGGUUGCUCGUUGGCAUCAGGCUGCCACCGUGAUCCAGUCUGCAUUCAGAAAGCACAGAGAGGAAGUCAAAUUCCAGGCCAUGCGUCUGUCCACCAUUAUCAUCCAGAGAUACUAUCGCGCCUGUAUUCUUCAGAGACAUGACAGAGAAAAGUUCUUAAAAAUUAAACAUUCUGCCAUCGUUCUUCAAGCAGCUUUCAGAGGUCAUCGUGUGCGAGCCAACGUUGCCAGUAUGCAUAGGGCAGCUACUGUCAUCCAAGCAAACCUCAAGAGGCAUAAACAGCAGUCGGCCUUCAGGAAGCAACGCUGGGCAGCCUGUGUCUUGCAGCAGAGGUUUAGAGCUCAGAGACAGAGAAACAUUGAGGUAAAACAUUAUCAACAGCGCAGAAAAGCUGCUAGCAUGUUGCAGGCUGCAUAUCGUGCAAUGAAAUUAAGGCAGAACAUCAAACAAAGGCACCAGGCUGCCAGUGUUAUCCAGAGAGCUUAUAGAGCAUUCUGUGAACACAAGCAGUAUCUGACUUUGAAAUCCUCCGUCAUCACCAUUCAGAGGAGGUAUCGGGCCACUGUAGCAGCAAAGGAGCAAAUGCAAAUAUACCAAAAAAUGCGCAGUGCUGCUGUUGUCCUCCAGGCAGCAUACAGAGGCCAGCAGCUCAGAAAGGAGGUUGCUCGUUGGCAUCAGGCUGCCACCGUGAUCCAGUCUGCUUUCAGAAAGCACAGAGAGGAAGUCAAAUUCCAGGCCAUGCGUCUGUCUGCCAUUAUCAUCCAGAGAUACUAUCGCGGCUGUAUUCUUCAGAGGCAAGAAAGGGAAAUGUUCCUAAAGAUGAGACAUUCUGCCAUUGUUCUUCAGGCAGCUUUCAGAGGUCAUCGUGUGCGAGCCAGCAUUGCCAGUAUGCACAGGGCAGCUACUGUCAUCCAAGCAAACCUCAAGAGGCAUAAACAGCAGUCAGCCUUCAGGAAGCAACGCUGGGCAGCCUAUGUCUUACAGCAGAGGUUUAGAGCUCAGAGACUUAAACACAUUGAGGUAAAACAUUAUCAGGAUGUUAGAGAAGCUGUCAUUAAACUCCAAGCUGCUUUCCGUGGCAUGAAAUCCAGAAGAAUCCUCAAACAAAGGCAUCAUGCUGCCAGGGUUAUCCAGAGAGGUUACAGAACAUUCUGUGAACACAAGCAGUAUCGGACUUUGAAAUCCUCCGUCAUCACCAUUCAGAGGAGGUAUCGGGCCACUGUAGCAGCAAAGGAGCAAAUGCAAAUAUACCAAAAAAUGCGCAGUGCUGCUGUUGUCCUCCAGGCAGCAUACAGAGGCCAGCAGCUCAGAAAGGAGGUUGCUCGUUGGCAUCAGGCUGCCACCGUGAUCCAGUCUGCAUUCAGAAAGCACAGAGAGGAAGUCAAAUUCCAGGCCAUGCGUCUAUCUGCCAUUAUCAUCCAGAGAUACUAUCGCGCCUGUGUUCUUCAGAGAUGUGACAGAGAAAAUUUCCUAAAAAUAAAACAUUCUGCCAUCGUUCUUCAAGCAGCUUUCAGAGGUCAUCGUGUGCGAGCCAACGUUGCCAGUAUGCACAGGGCAGCUACUGUCAUCCAAGCAAACCUCAAGAGGCAUAAACAGCAGUCGGCCUUCAGGAAGCAACGCUGGGCAGCCUGUGUCUUGCAGCAGAGGUUUAGAGCUCAGAGACAGAGAAACAUUGAGGUAAAACAUUAUCAACAGCGCAGAAAAGCUGCUAGCAUGUUGCAGGCUGCAUAUCGUGCAAUAAAAUUAAGGCAGAAAAUCAAACAAAGGCACCAGGCUGCCAGUGUUAUCCAGAGAGGUUACAGAACAUUCUGUGAACACAAGCAGUAUCUGACUUUGAAAUCCUCCGUCAUCACCAUUCAGAGGAGGUAUCGGGCCACUGUAGCAGCAAAGGAGCAAAUGCAAAUAUACCAAAAAAUGCGCAGUGCUGCUGUUGUCCUCCAGGCAGCAUACAGAGGCCAGCAGCUCAGAAAGGAGGUUGCUCGUUGGCAUCAGGCUGCCACCGUGAUCCAGUCUGCUUUCAGAAAGCACAGAGAGGAAGUCAAAUUCCAGGCCAUGCGUCUGUCCACCAUUAUCAUGCAGAGAUACUAUCGCGCCUGUAUUCUUCAGAGAUGUGACAGAGAAAAUUUCCUAAAAAUAAAACAUUCUGCCAUCGUUCUCCAGGCAGCUUUCAGAGGUCAUCGUGUGCGAGCCAACAUUGCCAGUAUGCACAGGGCAGCUACUGUCAUCCAAGCAAACCUCAAGAGGCAUAAACAGCAGUCGGCCUUCAGGAAGCAACGCUGGGCAGCCUGUGUCUUACAGCAGAGGUUUAGAGCUCAGAGACUUAAACACAUUGAGGUAAAACAUUAUCAGGACGUUAGAGAAGCUGUCAUUAAACUCCAAGCUGCUUUCCGUGGCAUGAAAUCCAGAAGAAUCCUCAAACAAAGGCAUCAUGCCGCCAGUGUUAUCCAGAGAGGUUACAGAGGCUUCUUCGAACGCAAGCAGUAUCUGCAAAUGAAAUUGUCCGUGCUUACAAUUCAGCGAAAAUAUCGGUCGGCUGUUGCAGCUAAAGUACAAAGAAGUCGAUAUCUGGAAAUGCGCAGCGCAGCCAUCAUUGUUCAGGCGGCAUACAGAGGCCAGCAGCUCAGAAAGGAUGUUGCUUGUUGGCAUCAGGCUGCCACUGUGAUCCAGUCUGCAUUCAGAAAGCACAGAGAGGAAGUCAAGUUCAAGGCCAUGCGCCUGUCUGCCAUUAUCAACCAGAGAUACUAUCGCGCCUGUAUUCUUCAAAGACGAGAGAGAGAAAAGUUCCUUAAGAUGAAGCAAUCCGCCAUCACCCUUCAGGCAGCGUUUAGGGGCUGGUCUGUCAGGAGGGACAUAAGCCGACAAAAUGAAGCUGCCAUUGUGAUCCAGUCGUGCUGGAGAUGCUUAGUGCAGAGGCGCCUUUUCCAAAGGAAGCGUGAGACUGCUGUGAAACUUCAGCAGAGGGUCCGGGCGGUGCAGCUCGGCAGGUUGGAGAGGAACGACUACACCCGAAUCAGGAAAGCUGCCAUCACACUUCAGACACACUGCCGAGCCUGGAUUGCAAGACAACAGGUACUAGAAGGAGCCAAGGCAGAGAGGAGGCUCCGUUUUACAUCGGCGAUCUUCCACCACCUCCGUGCCAUAAAGAUCCAGCGAGCUCUGAGAGCACACUGGGCUUUGGAGUCGGCCAAAAGACAAAUCCAUUCUGUCAUCACCAUACAGCGAUGGGUGAGAGCGAGGCAGCAGAGGAGACGGUAUCUGGAAGACAGGAGGAAGGUGGUCAUAGCCCAGAGAGCGGUCAAGCGCUGGUUAGCUCGUCGCCACAAGGUGGCGUCCGUCAUCCAGCAAGCCGUCCGCAAAUUCCUCCUUCUCAGGCGCCAGAAGAGGGUUCAACAGGGCAUUGUAAAAGCACAGGCUCUGUGGAGAGGACACCGCUCCCGUAGACUGAAUGACAAUAUCAAGGUGGUGAAGUUGAGACACCGUCUACGCAAAGUCUCUGCCGGCGCCAAAGAGGAGGACAAACUGUGCAACAAGACCUCGUCUGCCCUGGAAUACCUCCUUCGAUUCAAACACUUCUCCUACAUCCUAGAGGCCCUGAGAAACCUGGAGACCACCACCAGACUGUCCCCAGAGUGCUGUGAGCGGCUGGUAGAGAGCGGAGCCACCAACGUCAUCUUCACGCUCAUCCGCUCCUGCAACAGGAGUGUCCCCUGCAUGGACGUCAUCACCUACUCCAUCCAGAUCCUCCUAAACCUCUCCAAGUACCACAAGACCAUCGAGGCGGUGUAUUCGGUGGAAAACUCCGUGGACACUCUGCUGGACCUGCUGCAGAGGUACCGGGAGAAGGCGGGGGAUAAAGUAGCAGAAAAGGGCGGCAGUAUUUUCACCAAGGCCUGCUUCCUUCUCGCUCUCCUCCUCCAGGACAAGCACCGUGCUGUGGAGGUUAUGAAGCGACCCAAAGUCUUGGAGAGGAUACACAGUAUUUACCGCCUCGUAGCUCGCAAAAACAAAAUGGAUGCAGAAAGAACUGUUAUGAAACAGAAGAUGAAUGCGUCGGUCAACGGGAGCUUCGUCGUUCCUGCAACGCCUUGUAAAUCCCGCCCUGUGCCGAAAUUUGCACCAGAGUGGGUUCUCCGAAAAAACAAGCUCCGAGACAUUGUGGACCCUCUCCGGGCCAUUACAUUAGUGGCUAACACACUCGCCAUUGUGUUGUAAAUGAAAACCUUUUAAAUACUUUCUUCUUCUCAUUUCUUUUCUUUUUUUUUUUUUUUUUACUUCAGAAAAUAUUUUACAAUGUAUUAUUUGAGGUUUUUUUUUAAAUCACUUCUGUGUUUUCCAUGUAUAUAUUAUUAAAGUGGAUUGGUUUC